GAGAUGGUCCGAAAGAGUGCCGUGGUGAAAACAAACACAUGCAUAAGUAUGUAUGCACGUGUGACCACGGUUGAAAGUGAUAAUGGCCAAACGUUUAAAAGUAGCUCUUUUUGGCUACGAAAUUGACGAAGUAAUCGAAUUUGUCAAUCGUACUGCCAAUCCCGCUGCAACGCGGCGGCGGCCGCCACAAACACCGGCCGUUGUUGUUAAAAGCGAAGCGUCGUCUCCACAAGAGCCCAGCAGUCCGCCGCCGCCAGAUGGUCCCAAAAUUUUGGAAAAGGUUUUGAUAGAGCCCCCAAUACCUGAAACCCUGGCGAUGGAAAAUAGGGAACUUGAGGCGCCAGAUUCUGAGGCGGCGGGUGAAAUGAUGGCAACGCGACCAAUAGUCGCUGUGGAGUUAACAAGCGCAGCGUCUCCACAAGAGCCCAGCAGUCCGCCGCCGCCAGAAUGUAGUGGGCAGGGUGACCGUUUGCGGUAAUUUACAUAUAUACAUUUCCUAAAUUUUAACG